AUGAUCGAUCCACACAAUCUACCAUCUUUCCUCUUCGAGAUCUACGACUGGGAUAGAUUCAAAACCGACGACUUUCUCGGUCACGCAUCGUUGGCACUCAAACAACCAAUCAAGGGUGAUCUGUGGUUAAAUUUAUCGGUUCAAGGUAAGCUCCACAUAAACCUUGACACACUCAAAACACCCAUUCAGUGUUUGUACACCCAAUUCACGCCAGGAUUGGAUGGUAUAGCACUCAAAGCACUUUCUCAAAAACCAAACCUGACAGAAUCGCAAGAAUUCAAGCCGUCAUCUUUUAUGACUAAUUUUAACAUCGAAAAGUUCGAAAAGUCUGAGAUCUCGCGGCAUGUUCAGACACCAUUUUCCCAAGAAACGUAA